AUGCUAUUAUCUGUGCUGGGUUUUUUUCAACAUUUCCCACAGGUAAGAAAUUGUAGCCACUCGAGUCCUCAAAGAAGGGAGCAGCAGGCCCACAUCUGCCAGAAGGAGAGGAAAGGUGAAUACUUCAUUGAACGCUGUGGCUCGUUUCUGAAAGGGGGAAGGUUGUGUAUGCCUCACAAACAGGCAGAGAAGUUGAGGUGUGGAACCCCAGAAUGUGACUCAGUUGAAGGGACUCACCUUAAUCCAGCACGAAUGCCAUCACAGGUUUCUCCCAUCCUAUUAUCAAGUGCCGUAGCUGGCUGCAUUUGA